AUGGACGAACUGAGACCUGUGGACUAUCUCCGGCGUUAUAAGCGUACAGAGUGCCUUGGGACACUGCUGUACGACUACUAUGUGGACAUAAAUUGUCGAAUGAAGGCAGAUCCGCAGUUGAAUGUGGAACAGCUCUCCAAAGACAAGACGGCCGAAUUUAUGCGGUUUGAGGCGAAAUGGGUGAAUGCGAAUGGAAACGACAAGCUAGAGGAGUACCCGUUGUUUAGACGUCUCCGUAUGGCCGGUCAUAUUUGA